AUGGAGAAAUUCAAUGGUCUGUUGAACGAAAUAAGUCGUGAUUUGAAUCCAAAGGACUUGGAAGAUCUCGUUCACAUCUGUAGGAUUGAGGAAAGUCGUAAACCCACCAUAACAAGUGGUCACCAUUUGUUUAACCAUCUUCGUCAAAAACGUAGCAUUAGCGAAGACAAUGUUAAUUACUUGAAGGAAAUCCUAAAUGCCAUACACAGACGUGAUCUUGUUUCUCUUGUCGAGAGAUUUGAAGGUCUGGAAACAUUAACAACAGAUAUUGGCCGAAUUAUCGCAGAUGUUAAAUCUGAGCCAACUACAUCUACCGAGAUGAGUCCUGUCUCAAUUAAGCCGUUUAACCAACAAGAUUUUGUCAAUCGCGGCGUUGAAAAUAUCCAACGAUCAAGUGCAGUGUGCGACGAUGGUUGCCAGAUUCAAAUCGCCGACCGGGAAGGAACGAAUCAGAUACCAUGUUGCGUCGUGUACUGGCCUUGUCUUCAAAUGUCUUGCUAUAAGAUUAAUUUUUGUUAUGUGAUCCUUACAGUCAUAUUUAUACUGGCUAUUAUCACCACUGCUCUCUGUUGGUUUGCCGAUGUUCCUAGAGUCAGCGAGCACCUCAAAUCGGAAGAGUCCGUACGCAACUCUGGGAUAUUCGUCAUCAUUGCUCUAAUUUUGAUAUUUCCAAUAUUUAUGCUUAUCGUGUUCUUUGCCAGAAAGUAUUGGAAGAGGCACCAGAACAAUGCUGUGAAUCCUGUGGUAUAUUCAAAUACUCGUGCGGGUACUCUGGUUGCUGCUGAUGUCGCCACGGUAGCGGAGAAUGAAGAAGAUCCAGGGCCAUCGGUGAUGCCACAGACCAAUCCAAGUUGUGAGGUUGAAAUCAGCGAGGAGCAGACAACAUCUGGAAGUUAUGUUGGUCAAAAUAGCACAAUAGGAGAGGCGGUGCCGUUUUUAUCCCUAGAAUAAGAAACUUGCAAUGUUGAACUUUUGUCAGUAAAAGUUCAACGUUUCGUCAAGGCAUUUACAAUAAUCGGUGUAUACGUUAUGAUAGGCUCUUUGUAUAAGGGUGUAUAAAUUAUAUAAUCAAUAUGGAAUAACUAAGUUAAAUAGUGAGUGACUAGCUAGAUUGCAUUGUAAGCAAUAGCAUUUUUUUUCAAAAAAAUAAUAGAGUUAUCAUAAUGGUAGGCCUAUUUUGAUAGUGAGAAUACGUGGACAGCACAUAUAUAUCAAGUAUAACUUGUUAACAAUGUGUAUGAAAGGUUAAUCUUCCUAUACAGUCGUACUUUGAGGCACUGCACAUAUUAUAAUGAGCUUCUUCAAGAAGUUCACAUUUUGCUAUGUAUA